GUCUCAGUGGAAGCCAGAAGCAGCAUCUGGUCUUUUUUCUCUCCCAGCAUCAAGAAGAUGUGUGCAACAGUGCUGAAGAUAUUUCCAAUUCUAGCCAUCCUUGCAGGCCACACCAGCGGGGUCGUGGUGACAGUCCCUGAGAAGACAGUGAAUGUCACUACAGGUGGAAAUGCAACCCUCCUCUGCACAUACACCAGUCCUGGAACCCUGGGAAAUUUCUUUAUUCAGUGGAGUUUUUACAGUGCCAAAGAGAGCCAGCUGCAUACCCAUUCCCCAUGCCAUGGUAUUCUGAGUAUGGAUGAAAAGUCAGUCAGUCUUUGUCAAAAGACGGUGUAUGUGACAGAUGCACGGGGAAGAUGUAGCUGGAGAUACAAGAUCUAUUAUUAUUCAGGGGGCCAGUCUUACUCCUAUGGAGCAUUUAAGAACAGGAUAACAGCUUCAACAAGUCCAGGGAAUGCAUCAAUAACAAUUUCCAACAUGCAGCCCUCAGACACUGGUUCCUACACCUGUGAAGUUUUCAGCCCUCAGGGUGAUGCUGGACAGAGUCAAAAAUCUGUGGUUGUCAAUGUGCUGGUCAAACCAUCAAAACCUUUCUGCAAAGUAGAAGGAACCCCUGAGAAAGGCCAUCUGAUCUACCUCCUAUGCAACUGUGAAGAGGGGUUGCCUCGCCCCACCUACCGCUGGUACAAGGUCGAUGAGAACACCCUCAAGCCUGUGAGAGAACAACUUGAUCCAAACUCUGGCAUCCUUUACAUUGGCAACCUCACCACCUUUGAAACUGGCUACUAUCGGUGCAUAGCCAGCAACCAGCUGGGGAACAGCACCUGUGAGCUGGACCUAACAGCAAAACAUUCAGAUGGUGGUAUUGUUGCUGGAGCACUGAUUGGAGCAAUUCUGGCAGCUGCUAUAAUCUGCAUUAUUGUCUGGGUCUUAACCAAGAAGGCAAAAAAUAGGAAGUCAGCAAAUAAUGAGAUGCAAGAAAUGGUUCAGAAACAAUCCAAUGCAGACUAUGUUCAGGUACCCAAUGAAGAAAACAUUCCUGUGACCACAGUUCCAUCGAGCAAUGCAACAAAUGAAUACCAAGAUGAAACAGCAGCUCCUGCAACACCUGAAAAUGAUGAGAAGCAAGAAGCAGAAAAAGAAGAAACAGCCUAGAGUUUAUAAUAGUUUUCUUUGUCACCUUUGGACCCCUUUGUACAAAAAUUGUUGUCAUUGAAUUAACAUGGAAGCAUGACUAAAACUUGUAUUCAAGGCAUUUGUAUUGUGACCCACUGGGGUGGAUCAAAAAGAGUCUGCUACACAGGCACUUUGUAAAUACCAGAAAAUUUGGCCUUUAAAUUUAUUUUAUUAUCUAGUUAUACAGUACAAAAAUUUAAGUAUAAAAAGAGUAUCAUCAACGUCAACCUAUUUUGCAAAACGAGUUAGGAAAUGGGCUGAAGCAUUUGUUAAAGUAAGACCUUUCCAGUGAACUCCCAGUAAUGCUGUGUGUGCACAGAGUUCAGAAGCACAGCAGCCUUGUCCAGAAACAGUGUUAGCCAGCCUGCUUCAUGUGCACCAAGUAAUCAUGGCCAGUACAUUGCAGUGUUUCAAGGAACUGAUUUUGCACAUCAGAAUUUAAAACAGGUUACAUUAUUGUCAUCAGAAUGCUGAAACAUCUGUUAACAUCUUCACAGAUGUUGAGACUUGAGUCAAGAAAAUCUUGUGUGCCCGAAUUUCACGUAAGCUUAAAAAAAAAAAAUCCAGGAAAAUUUUACCCCAUUGCUGCCUGACAUGGAAAACAUUCUGUUAACAUUGACCUCCUUGGCCUAAAGCUCCCAAGGGUGCCAGUGUUACAGAGUUGUCCAUUUCAGCAAUUCUGAUUUUCAGUUUAAUGGAACUGGCAUUUGGGUACCUAGUUCAGACAGAAAUGACUGUUGUACACAACAGAAGCUGGAAAUCUAAAUCCUUUGCAAGGCUGUUCCAAUAGGCAUGCACAACAUCACAUUCCUCAUGACACACAGAUAAAGCUGCUUUCAAAACUUAGGAGUGAUGCACUUCUGUACAACACAUGAGUUUUAAUUGCUUCCUCUGUCUGAGAUGAUUUAAAUCUCUUUCCAGGCUAUUCCUACCCACUAAGCAACAAACUCAGGCUACUUUUCUUCUGGUCUCUUAUCCCAGUGUACCAAUCUAUCUUCUGUAGAUGAAAGCAUCAAGAGGGAAGUAAGUGGUGCACAGCACACCUGCAAUGACACUGAGAGCAGCAGUUGAGCCAUGAGUGCCCUCUUGGAAGAAGAAAAGGGAAUUGAACCAUACACACCUGGGUCACCAGACAAUCCUUCUCCCUGGGCCUCAUUUCUAAUGUUAUACAAACUCAGUUUUUCAUAAAGGCAAAGAUAAUGCUCCCAGAAAAGCUGAAGGACCAUUUGCUCAGGCAAAUGCAGACCCACAGCCUUGUUGAUGCAGGCAGACACUGCUUUCAGUCUCAUGCACUGCAGGAAAACAUAUCUGGCUCAGAGAUCUCAAGUUUUUUGGUACUUAAGUCUUUCAUAGGAUCUAAUAUUUGUAAAUCCUUUGGUGACUGUUCCUAGACUAUAAACAUUAGUUAUAUGCAACAUUUAUCUUUAAGAUUUCUGGGCUAAAAUUUUCAGCUUCAGUUCCUACAGCUCUAAGUAUGUUUUUCAAAAUAGAGACUUUAAAAAAUAUAUAUAAAAGGAAAAAAAAAGGGGCAAUAUUUAAGGAUGUAAGGCAUGAGAUCCUAGUUAAUAUUUAUUUUGGAUCUUCAAGCAUAAUUGUAUUCAUUGCUCCUUCCUCAGUUUUCUGACUUCCAAAUAUUUUUGUUUGAUAGGUGUGUCCUAUCAAAGUGUUAGCUUCCUUCCAGACUAAAAUAGCAUUAAUGGUAUUCUUCUAGCACUAUUUUAGCCAAAAACUGUUUGUGCCAGUCUGUGAGGGUCACACCUUUGCUAAUACCAAUAUUGCCACGUUGUAGCAGUGGAUCCUCAGACUCCUCUCUCCCCAGAAUAUCCAGGGUAAAUCUCAAAUUGGGAUCUAUACAGAAAUCUUCUAACCAGGCAGCUCUUAUUGACUCUGUGCCAGGCCAAAUUCCUCCCUCCCAUCCUGCCAUCCAGGUUAAGCAGCUUACUGAAAAGAUCUGAUAUUGACAGCCAAUUUGUGCAAACCUGCAGGAUGAUGACAUUAAACACACUCAGAAACAGCAAAGGAACCGUCAGUACCACCUGCUGCUCUUUGGGUGCUAUUUCUUACUGAAGGUGUUUCCUGAUGAUAUAAUUCAAAUAAAUUAUUGGUCCAAAGGCUUGGCUGACAACAAUAAUUUAAAAUACUUUAUCUGACAUUCCUAAGCAUUCUUUUACUCUUGCCUUUCAUAGGAAAAGAUUAAUGGCUUCUUGUCACUGAUAUAGCUGUAUGAGUUCUUCUAAAGCCAUUUCCUGCAUGUAUGUGUUCUUGUCACAUUGUUCUUACUGCUACACCUUUCCAGCUUCCACACCUCUGCACAGCACUAUUGUGAUUCAAGAGGGGACUCUAUUAUGUGGUCAGAUUUCUUUUAAUCUUUCCUUCAUCUCAUUUCCCAAAUUUAUCUGCUGGUAUUCCUUACCUAACUUGCUACAGUAAGAUAGGAGCUUAUGCUGGUGAAGUUGUCACUAACUUCUGUAGAUGGUACAGCCUUCCUAGAAUACCACAGGUUUUAUAUUUGUUCAAAAAGUAGAAAUUGCUCAAGUUGUGUUUAAGUUUUUAUAUAAAAGAAAGGAACAAUUCACCACAUUCUUGACUAAUGACUCCUCUCAUACUUCCAACCACUAGUGAGUAAUAGAUGGUAGUAAAAAGGCAAAAUAAGAAGCAAAACAGGAUGCUGGGAGUAAGGAGAUAAGGAAAAUAACAUGUAUUGGAAAAUAACAUGUAUUUGGAGUUUCUUACCAUAGUGUGGUGUUUUCUGUAAGCCUUCUGUCAGAUGUUUGUUCUCAUUUUGGUGUUUAUCUAAAGUUUAUUAAGAAGGAUGGGGCACCAUUCCCAGCUCCCCACUGAUACUCUUGGCAAAGCACAGGUCCAAUUAGGUACUGAUCCACGGUGUGUAGCUCUAAAACCCUGCAGAGCUAUGCAGGAUGCACAAACAUUUUUCAGAAUAAGCUUUAGAUACUCCAACAGUCUGUGCUGCAUGGCCCAUUUAUCUUGCCAUAGGGAGAAGGGAUCAUUAAUAUGGAAACCAAAAACUAAGCUAACAUUUCAUUCAAGCCACCAUCUCCUAAGGAAGCAGAUUUACAAAGGUACAGAGCAGGGUUUUUGCUAUGCAAAAACCAAGAAUGAACACAGAACUUUAGCUUCAGCUGCUCUCCAAUCAAAUUUUCAGCCAUGCCUGUGCAAUAUAUAAGAAACAUUUACUCAGUCAGCUUCCUCCCUCAAUCAAGGUCUGCAUGGGCAGAGUUUACUGUACAGGCAAGUUAUCCCUCCUGCUCUUAAUGAGUCCCCUCAGUGAAAUUUAACCUGCAUUUUGUGUUCUAAGACACAUUUAAAGUCCUUGGUGAAGGUAUUUGUAUGGUUGUAAGUUUCUGUGUUGCUUAUCAAAAUAAAGUGCAUUACCUUAAUCCCUACAAGUCAAACUGUAGAAACUGCCAGCUUGCAUUUCACCCUUUCCUUGAGGCUGAAGAGCAAACAUGUUGCAUUUCCAUACUGUGUAACGGAUGGCAGGGCUUCAUCUUGUUGUUCACACCCCAAAAAUACAUAGGAUGUAUAUUUAGAAAAUACUGGUUUUCUUACAUGUCAGUUUAAUAAAGUUUUAUAAUACAAAAGACUGUUGUUUAGGAAAGUUCUUUAUUUCACACAAUUUCAUUCUUUGUUCAAGUGGAACUCUAUCCACCAGUGUCAAAAAUUAUCUUAACAUCAGGACAGGAGGUCACUUUUCAGGCUCUACUUUGUUAGCUCUGCCUUGUAAUAACUUAAUAUCAGGAUUUGCCAUGAGUAAAUAAAGGUUAAACCAGGCUUCUAUAAAAUAAGAUGGUAAACUGCAAGUGUCAGUGCUGCAUAUGGGAGUCAAAGAGAACAGAAAAAGAAACCUUCAAAAGGAACAAGAA